AGGUACUGCUGGCCGCCAAUGUAGAAGCAUAGCAUCACUCUCAGCUUUACCAGAUACCUAUCAAAUGUUGUAUAAAACUUGCCGAGACUUUGCUGAGGGUGAAUUGAAGCCCAAUGCCGCAAAAUAUGACCGGGAGCACAUAUACCCUGGUGAUGCUAUUAAAAAGAUGGGUGAACUAGGACUUAUGGCAAUAGCUACACCAGAGGAACUGGGCGGCGCUGGACUGGACUACCUAGCAUAUUCUAUAGCAUUAGAGGAGAUCUCUCGAGGGUGUGCUUCUGCUGGAGUCAUAAUGUCAGUGAACAAUUCUCUUUACCUUGGCCCAUUAUUGGGUUGGGCGACAGAAAAACAGAAAAAAGAAUUUGUCACACCUUUCUGUACUGGUGACACAAUUGGUUGCUUUGCUCUAUCGGAACCUGGCAAUGGAUCAGAUGCGGGUGCUGCAUCUACAACUGCAAAAGAUGCUGGGGACAAAUGGAUUUUAAAUGGCACAAAAUGUUGGAUUACUAAUGGCUUUGAGAGUAAAGCAGCUGUCGUUUUUGCUACUACUGAUAAGAGUUUAAAACAUAAAGGAAUCUCUGCAUUUAUAGUGCCAAAGCCAAUUAAGGGCCUUGAGUUAGGGAAGAAGGAAGACAAAUUAGGCAUUAGAGGAUCAUCAACAUGUUCCCUGAUGUAUGAAGACUGUGAGAUUCCAAAAGAGAAUAUUUUAGGACAACCAGGUUUGGGUUUCAAGAUAGCUAUGAUGACAUUAGAUGCUGGUAGGAUUGGUAUUGCUUCACAGGCGUUAGGCAUUGCUCAGGCUUCUUUGGAUGUGGCUGCAGAGUAUGCCUCAAAAAGGACAGCCUUCGGAAAGCCCAUUAUGAAGUUGCAAUCUAUACAAAACAAACUGGCUGACAUGGCCCUUCAGUUGGAGUCCGCACGGCUACUUACGUGGCGCGCUGCCUGGCUCAAAGACAAUAAGAAACCAUACACUAAAGAAGCUGCAAUGGCCAAGUUAGCAGCAUCUGAGGCAGCUACAUUUUUGUCCCACCAAUGCAUACAGAUUCUUGGAGGCAUGGGUUAUGUCUCUGAUAUGCCAGCAGAACGACACUAUCGAGAUGCUAGAAUAACUGAAAUAUAUGAAGGAACUUCAGAAAUUCAAAGACUAGUCAUCGCUGGACAAAUCAUAAAGGAAUAUGGAUUUAACUAAUCUAGGAAAACAUAUUUUACUAAUAUGCAAUUAAGAAAUAGAUGAAGAUGUUUCGAAUGAUGUACCACAAAUAUUACUAUCAUCAUUAUUAUCAUGACAACCCAUUAUCAUCCCAAACAGGAAUGGAUCUUACAUAUCUAGUUUUUCUUCUA